AUGUACUACCAAUCUUACAAGCUCAAAAUUUCAAUGAAAAUUCAAAAUCAUUCUGCUGUGAAGCCUUCAUGCUUAUUGCAUAGCACAGUUUUAAAGUGUCAAAGAUUCAGUCAUUACUCUGAGAGAAGUCUUAACAGGCCUCCAGAUUUACACCAAGUAACAGUUAUAUGCCAAUGUCUCCACGAUCAAAAGUCAUUACUACUUGAGUUAAAAAACGAUCUUACAUUCGGUCCCUAUGCUUUAGACAAGCUUGAUGGGUGGAAUCAAAGCACUGAUUGCUGCCACUGGAGCGGUGUCACAUGCGACAACUCCAAUGGUCGAGUCAUUGAGCUUGAUUUUAGUGGCAUAGAUAUCACUGGCUUUGUUGACGAUUCAAGCAGUUCACCGUUAUACAUGAAGAAGCCAAAUUUGGCAACAAUCAUUCGAAAUCUGACUAAUAUCAAAGAACUCUAUCUUGAUGGUAUCCAUAAUUCAGCCAUGGGGGAUAAAUGGUGCCAGGCGUUGUCAUCAUCGUUCCCUCACCUUCAAAUCUUGAGCAUGUCCAAUUGUGACUUGAGGGGUGAAAUCCAUAAGUCCUUUUCAAAUCUCCACCAUCUUUCCGUUAUUAAACUCGAUGAUAACGGGAAAAUUUUUCAGGUACCCACACUCAUAACCCUUGACUUGUCGGGUAAUGAAAAGUUGCAAGGGAAUUUACCAGUCUUUUACAAGAAUGGGUCUCUUGAGAAGCUAUUGAUUUCUAGUACAAAAUUUUCUGGAACCCUGCCAAGUUCCAUUAGCAACCUCAAGAGGCUUCAUCUUCAGAAUAACAAUUUGAAUGGUUCCAUGAAUGUCACAGACUGGGGUAAAUUACUCAGCUUAGAAGAGCUUAAUUUGUCAAAUAAUUCACUUGAUGGAAGUAUUUCUACUUCUUUAUUCAGUUUGCCAUCACUAGGGAAGAUCGAUUUGAGUGUGAACAAAUUUAGUGGGCAACUGAUGAAUGAAUUUGCAAGCAUAGCUUCUUCCCAAAUGAGUGAUCUUGACUUGAGUAAUUUCACUUCUAUCAAUCCUGGAAUUGGCAACUAUCUAUCAAAUGCUCGCUACCUGUCGUUUUCAAGAAAUAACUUGCAUGGGAGCAGCCCUGCAUCACUAUGCAAUGCCACAAGCCUAGAGAUUCUUAACUUAGAACACAAUCAUUUGAGUGGCAUAGUCCUUGAUUGUCUUACUGCCAUGACUCAAAUCAGCGUGUUGAGUUUGACAGGAAACCAAUUAUAUGGUGAAAUCCCUACUAAAUUCAGAGAAGGUUGCAGAUAA